UGGAAUAGUUGCAGACAAAUGAGCACCCGAGACGGGGUAAGGCGACGGCAGCCCGCAGGUGCAACUCCAGGCGAGCCUUCCCAUCCCCGGCCCCAACCCUCCCCGCGCUGGGGGCAGGUCCCGUCGGCGCAGCGGUGCAGCGCAAAGGGCGCGGGGAGAGGGCGCUGCUCGCGUCUCUGCAGCUUUCGGCCAGCAUCCGCCGCCGCCUCGCUCCUCUCGCUGCCCGCGAGCGACCCCUGUCCUCGGAGGAGGGCGCUCUCUUGCCUGCUUCUUGCUUCCGUCGCUGCCUCCCCGGCCAUGGCGACCUGCCUGCGGCUGCGGCGCUGUCAGGCUCCGCGCCUCCCGCCCGCGUCUCCGGGCCGCGGCCUCUGCCCGGUGCCCGUCGCGCGGCCCGCGCCCGGCCGGGCCUCGCUCGGUGGCUACGCCGGGGCCCCGGCGGGCCUUCCCGCAGCGCUGCUGCGCACAGAUGGCUUCGUGGGCGGCCGCUGGCUCCCGGCCUCCGCCGCCUUCCCCGUGCACGACCCGGCCAGCGGCGCCAGCCUGGGCAUGGUGGCCGACUGCGGGGCGUCCGAGGCCGGCGCCGCGGUGCGCGCCGCCUACGAGGCUUUCUGCAGCUGGAGGGGGGUCUCGGCCAAGGAGAGGAGUUCAUUACUUCGGAAAUGGUACGAUUUAAUGAUACAAAAUAAGGAUGACCUUGCCAAGAUAAUUACAGCUGAAAGUGGCAAGCCCCUGAAGGAGGCACAGGGAGAAAUUCUCUAUUCCGCCCUUUUCCUCGAGUGGUUUUCAGAGGAAGCCCGCCGCAUCUACGGAGACGUUAUCUGUAUGCCCGCCAAGGAAAAGCGGGCCCUGGUCCUCAAGCAGCCCGUUGGCGUGGCUGCAGUCAUCACCCCGUGGAAUUUUCCCAGCGCCAUGAUCACGAGGAAGGUGGGGGCCGCCCUGGCAGCUGGCUGCACCGUGGUGGUGAAACCUGCCGAAGACACGCCCUUCUCUGCCCUGGCCCUGGCCGAGCUUGCAAACCAGGCUGGGAUCCCUCCGGGUGUAUACAAUGUCGUUCCCUGCUCUCGAAAGAAGGCCAAGGAAGUGGGUGAAGCGCUUUGCACUGACCCGCUAGUGUCCAAAAUCUCCUUUACUGGCUCCACAGCUACUGGAAAGAUGCUCCUGCACCACGCAGCAAACUCCGUGAAAAGGGUCUCCAUGGAGCUGGGUGGCCACGCCCCGUUCAUUGUAUUCGACAGCGCCAACGUGGACCAGGCUGUAGCAGGCGCCAUGGCAUCUAAAUUUAGGAACUCUGGGCAGACUUGUGUUUGCUCAAACCGUUUCCUGGUGCAAAAGGGUAUCCAUGAUUUCUUUGUGAAAAAAUUUGCUGAGGCCAUGAAAACAUACCUGCAUGUGGGUAACGGAUUUGAGGAGAGAACAACUCAAGGCCCAUUAAUUAAUGAAAAAGCAGUAGAAAAGGUAGAGAAACAGGUGAGUGACGCAGUCUCCAAAGGGGCCACCGUUGUGACGGGCGGGAAGCGACAUCAACUGGGAAAAAAUUUCUUCGAGCCGACCCUGCUCAGCAACGUCACCCAGGACAUGCUCUGCUCUCAUGAAGAGACGUUUGGGCCUCUGGCACCGGUUAUCAAGUUCGAUACAGAGGAGGAGGCGGUGGCGAUCGCUAACGCGGCUGACGUUGGGUUAGCAGGUUAUUUUUACUCUCAAGACCCAGCCCAGAUCUGGAGGGUGGCAGAGCAGCUGGAAGUGGGCAUGGUUGGCGUUAACGAAGGAUUGAUCUCCACUGUGGAGUGCCCGUUUGGCGGCGUGAAGCAAUCUGGCCUUGGGCGAGAGGGGUCCAAGUAUGGCAUUGAUGAGUAUCUGGAACUCAAGUAUGUGUGUUUGGGAGGCUUGUAGGAUUGUUCAGUCCUUAAAAAAUAAAAAAGGAAGCUUAUCUACAUAUAGGAGAACAUGCCAUCCAUUACUUUAAAUAAACUUAUAGGUCAUCUGGA